AAUGGGAAGCCCUGCCUCUGUGACGCACUGAUGACAAAUCCACUGCUGACUGAACAGGACCGCUGACAUCACAGGCAGCUUUCAGCUCAUAAGGAACUACAUCCAGUCACUUUUACUAUCAUCUGUGCGUCUCUUUCUUCAGAAAUGAAGUGGUGAAGUUACAGGCCAGCAAGGCUGCAGAGAGGAAGAGUACGUGUGUUUGGACAGAAAACUGCAAGUUAACUGGAUUGGAAAGWAGUCUGAUUAAAACGAAGGAGCAAAAGCAAACUGAGGGAGAGGAAAGUCGAACUUCGAUCUCCACAGGCUGCUUCGAGGGAGAGGUCGUACAGUCACAGCUGACAGCAGAACAAACCAACAAGUCGAACCUCUCAAUGGCAUACAGGCUGUUUGAAGGGAAGAAACACGCCUCCAUCUACCAGCAGUAUCGUUUCGCCCCUCCGGUUGAGCUCAAGGAUGCAAUCGUUCAGUACCUGGACUCAAAGAAAGCACCGCCUCAUGAGCUCGCUGUAGAUCUGGGCUGUGGGACGGGUCAGUUCACUCGGCUGCUGGCGCCACACUUUAAGGAAGUGGUUGGCAUGGACGUCAGCGAGAACCAGCUGGAGGAGGCCAGAGUUGUGCCAGGAGAGCCCAACAUCACCUACCGUCAGGGCUCAGCAGAGGACCUUCCUUUUGAAGACGGCACCGUAGACUUGCUGACGGCAGCUUCAGCGGCCCACUGGUUUGACCAGUCUAAGUUCUUGCCCGAAGCGAACCGGGUCUUGAAACCCGGGGGCUGCAUAGCUCUGCUAGGUUUCAGUGAAACCAACCUCAGGUUUAUCUACAAGGACUGUGGAGAUGGAAUCAACCAGAUCUAUCAGGAGGUGAAACAGGUGCUGCAGCCGUACACAACCAACCCGGUCGCUGUGUCUGAAAAUAAACUGCAGGAUAUGUUCUCUGCCAUCCCAUAUCCAGACAAACAGAGGAUUGAUGAAUUCAAGACAAAAACCUUGCUCUCUGUGAGGAACUUGAUUGGUUUCAUCAGAACCUGGUCCAUGUUCCAAACCUAUGAGAGAAAAGACCCUCAGGGAGCUGAAGAUCUGUUGGCCAGUAUUCAGAAAAGGAUCUUGGAUUUAAUGGGAGCCACUUCUCCUGAUACUGAAAUCGAGCGGGACUGGGCAUAUUUUUGUGUUUUGGCAUCUAAGCCACUAUAACUUACAAGCUCUUAAACGCUUCGUUUAAGAAAAGAUUUCUACUGAACAAACACAUAAUGUUGAUUGUGUCUUCAUUUUCUCAGUCAAAAGUUUCUUUGAUUAUAAGACAUAUUUUGAAAAAAGUAUAGAACAGAAAUCAUAAAUCUUUUAUAUGCUUUAGUUUGCACAAAGACCUGAAUGAAUMGUUUCUAUAUUUCACAUGUUCACUACAUUUUUAUAAAAGGUGCUUGGAUUACUUUAAAUAAAGUCAGUGGUUUUAUCCCACACUCA